GCAAUUGCAUUCACAGCCUCUCUCUGUCUCUCUCUCUCUCUCAACCAACGUCUCUUCAGUCUUUUUGACUUAAUUAGUGUCUGCUUUAAGUACAACCACCCACCGCUUCUCUCUUCUUACUCUUACUCUUACUCUUACUCUUCUCCAGCAAACUUUUUCUUCUAUACAUAUAUACAAUAUAUAUAUAUAUAUAUCCCAUCUAGCUAGCAUAUUUUUCCACACGCCCGGUUUUUCUUAUCUAUUAAUUCCGAUUCCAAUAGUUAGUUGUAUUGGGAGCUAUGGCGGCUAUUCUCGCACUGUUUGUCAUGACUUUUGCUGUAGUCUUGGGCCCUGCUGCCGCAGAUCCUGACUUGCUUCAAGAUGUUUGUGUUGCUGAUCUCACUUCCGGUGUGAAAGUCAAUGGGUUCACCUGCAAGGCCAUAGCAAACAUUUCUGCUGCAGACUUCUCCUUUAAUGGCUUGGCCAAACCAGGCCUCACCAACAACACUUUUGGUUCUCUAGUCACUGCAGCCAAUGUUGAAAAAAUUCCAGGCCUUAACACCCUUGGUGUCUCACUGUCACGCAUUGACUAUGCUGUCGGUGGCCUUAACCCACCUCACACGCAUCCACGUGCCACAGAGAUGGUGUUUGUGCUGGAAGGUGAAUUGGAUGUGGGGUUCAUAACCACUGCAAAUGUGCUCAUUUCCAAGUCCAUCAAGAAGGGUGAGAUAUUUGUGUUUCCAAAAGGGUUGGUGCAUUUUCAGAAGAAUAAUGGUAAGGUGCCUGCAGCUGUGAUUUCCGCAUUUAACAGCCAGUUGCCAGGCACACAGUCCAUUGCUACCACAUUGUUUGCAGCCACACCACCUGUGCCAGACCAUGUAUUGACUAAGGCAUUCCAGGUGGGUACUAAGGAGGUUGAGAAAAUCAAGUCUAGGUUUGCUUCCAAGAAGAAGUAGAUGUUUGAAAGCACACGUGUACUGGGACCUCUUUUUUGUUGUUAUUUAACUGAACAAAUUGUUGGGAUUUGUCCUUGUGAUUCAUAAAGAACUGUGGGGGGGCAUUUUAAUUUC